AUGUUGCUGGGCUCUUUUGAAAUUUGUAUGUUCAGCAUCAAUAUCCUAUUUGGUCUUCCUAUAAACUCGUAUAUUUUAUGGCUCAUCGUCACAGGAACUGGAGGCGGAGUUGCGUCAGAUUUCUUCAACUUUAAUCUGUCUGUUUGUGAGAUUGGUAUCUGUCUGGAUCUUACGUGUUUUCUACUGUUAAAUUGGCUUUCAUUUUUUGGGCUAAUAGCACUGCUUUUCCAAGGACUUCUUCUUGCUGGUCGUCCUCUGUUUCAGUGUGUGAUCUGUGUUGAGCGUUACCUGGCAGUGGUUCAUCCUGUAACCUUUCUGAAGUACAAACCUCUUAGAUAUAGAGUGAUCUGCUGCACUGCGGCCUGGAUAAUCACUCUUGGCUCCUGUUUGUUCUGCAUGUUCAUGUUAAUGCUAUAUAAUACUAAUGGACAUACAUGGGUCUUCUUGGUGCAGUUCUUCCUCUUCUUCUCCAUCCAGUUGUUUUGUCUUGUGGCUGUUCUCAGAGCUCUGAAGCAGUCGGGACCAGGAGAGAGAAGGAGAGCGAGAGAUGAGGAAAACCACAUGAAGAGAAGAGCAUUUAAUCUCAUUCUAAUUACUACUGUGAACAUGGUUAUUGCAUAUGGGCCACUUAUUAUUUCAGCAGUAUUUAUACUGUUAACAAAGGAGUAUAAAUUAAUCUCCUAG